GGGUGUCGCCCUCGGGAGGCGGGUCCGGCCGGGCCGGCUGCCCGAGACACGUGGACUCACCGGAGCGGGCCGCCCGGGGGGCGUGGCCGACGGUCCCCGGUGGGCGGGGGGGAGGCGGUGCGCGUGCGCGGCGGAGCGGGCGUGCGGGUCCGGCGGCGGGGCCGAGAGUAAGCGCCCGGGGGACGGUAGCUGGCAAGGCUCAGACGGGAGUGCUUCGCGACCGCGUCGGGGCUUGUCAGGGUACCGGUCACCAUGACAACCCUGCGGCUGCUCAGAGCUCCCUUCCUGUGUGUCCUGCUCUGGGCCUGUAGUGCCCCGGGUGCCAGGGCCCAUGAGCACGGGGCUGGCAGCCAGCAUGGCAGCGUGGGUUUGGACAAGAACACAGUGCACGACCAAGAGCAUAUCAUGGAACAUCUGGAAGGUGUCAUCGACAAACCAGAGAACGAGAUGUCCCCUCAGGAACUGCAGCUCCACUAUUUCAAAAUGCACGAUUACGAUGGCAACAAUUUGCUUGACGGCUUAGAACUCUCCACGGCCAUCACUCAUGUCCAUAAGGAGGAGGGGAGUGAGCAGGCGCCCGUCAUGAGCGAAGAUGAGCUGAUGAACAUCAUCGACGGCGUCCUGCGAGACGACGACAAGAACAAUGACGGCUACAUCGACUACGCCGAGUUCGCAAAGUCACUGCAGUAGAUGCGUGCGUUCGGCUCUCUAGUUAGAUGCGAAUGUGACCCUUGAUAAUGUGAUGGAGCGUGUCUGUAAUGCACACAACUCAUUUCCAUCUACUGCUACCACACUUGGGUAAGAUCCUGUGGCAGUUUGGUACACUGGGGUGGGAGGAAGCCAAAAGGAAUACCGAGAGGGGAAGUGAAUAAUGGGACAGGCCUCAGUCCCCAAGCGCUUUUCAACCUGUCGGACUAGUGCCGGAUGAGAAUCUUCCGAAGGGUGUUGGAUGUGAUUCCCAAGCUCUCAGGAACUUGACUGUCGAAUGCCACUCUACUCUCUUGAUGUUAAUUCAUGCUACCUGAAAAGUAAAGGCUGUAUGCUCUGCCAAGUGGACACUGCUCAGUAAC